UCUGUCUUAUGAGCUGUUGUGGGAUGACUUUGCACUGAAGUUUUCAGUUCCUGCAUCUGGUGGCACAAAUGAAAUGUUGUGACACUACUAUAUGCCUUUCUUCACAUGAGACAAAACUUGAAAUAUUUUGAUAAAAUGAGAUGCUUGCGGAAACGAUCAGCAGUGUCAUUCUUAGGAGUCCUUGUCGUUUGCUUGCUGUUCAUGAACUUGUACAUUGAAGAUGGUUAUGUUUUGGAAGGGGACAAGCAAUUAAUCAGAGAAACAGCCACGCACCAGCUCAACCCAGAGCGCUAUGUUCACACUUUUAAAGAUUUGUCUAAUUUCUCAGGAUCUAUAAACAUUUCCUAUCGCUACCUAGCUGGCACGCCUUUGCCAAGGAAAAGGUAUCUUACAAUUGGGCUAUCCUCUGUGAAAAGGAAAAAGGGAAACUACUUGCUUGAGACCAUCAAGUCCAUAUUUGAGCAGUCAAGUUAUGAGGAACUCAAAGAAAUCGCAGUGGUAGUGCAGCUAGCAGAUUUUGACUCAGCCUGGUGUGACGGGAUGGUCCAGGAUAUUUCACAGAAAUUUGCACAUCACAUAAUUGCAGGCAGAUUAAUAGUUAUUCACGUCCCUGAGGAGUAUUAUCCUGUACUGGAUGGCCUCAAGAGAAAUUACAAUGACCCAGAGGACCGUGUGAAGUUUCGAUCCAAACAAAAUGUAGAUUAUGCUUUCCUUCUUAACUUUUGUGCUAAUCUUUCUGAUUAUUAUGUGAUGCUAGAAGAUGACGUUCGCUGCUCAAAGAACUUUUUGACUGCUGUUAAGAAAGUAAUUACCUCACGAGAAGGAUCCUACUGGGUGACUUUGGAAUUCUCCAAACUGGGUUACAUUGGAAAGCUUUACCAUUCCCAUGACCUCCCACGCCUGGCCCAUUUUUUGUUGAUGUUUUACCAAGAAAUGCCUUGUGAUUGGCUGCUCAUCCACUUUCGUGGGCUGUUAGCUCAAAAGGAAGUGAUACGUUUUAAGCCAUCUCUGUUCCAGCACAUGGGAUACUACUCAUCUUACAAAGGAGCUGAAAACAAGCUAAAGGAUGAUGAUUUUGAAGAGGAAUCAUUUGAUAUCCCUGACAACCCACCUGCAAACUUGCACACCAACAUGAAUGUAUUUGAAAACUAUGAGGCAAGCAAGGCUUACAGCAGCAUUGAUGAGUACUUCUGGGGCAAAGCUCCUUCUACUGGAGACUUCUAUGGGAUUGUAUUUGAAAAACCCAUUAGAAUCAGUAAAAUUAAAGUUGUCACUGGAACUGAAGACCGGCAAAAUGACAUUUUGCAUCACGGGGCCCUGGAAGUAGGAGAAAAGAUUGUAGGGAGUAAAAAAGGGAGACAAUGUACUACUUACUUGAGACUAGGGGAAUUCAAAAAUGGGAAUUUUGAAAUAACAGAUGUAGAGCACAAAGUUCUGUUUGAUAUUAACUGCAUGAGAAUACUUGUUACCAAAAGUCAAAAAGAAUGGCUGAUCAUUAGGAGCAUUAGCGUCUGGACUUCACAAACACCAAAUCAAUAA